GGGAAGGGCGACUGCGACGAGCGAGCGCGGCUGGAGAUGUGGGCCGUGCCGCCGGGAUGGAGGAGACGGUUGCCGAGCUCAUCCGGAGGACCAUCUUGAGAGUCCCCAUGUCUGCGGUGAUGACCGUCCUGAAAGCCUGGGACUUUCUCUCUCAAGAUGGACUGCAGGCGUUGAACCCGCGGCAGAGGAAGGAGUCUAUCGCGCAGAGCGUGGUCCUGCAGUGUGAGGAGAAGCGUGCCAGUCUCAGCGAUGCGGCCUUGUUAGACAUCGUUUGUACUCAAGUCCUGCGGCACCAGAAAAUGUGGGACGUUUAUCAGAUGAGUAAAGAACCAGGUGAAGAUCUUGAUCUUUUUGACAUAGAACAGUUCAAAAGUUCAUUUAAGAAAAUUCUUCAGAGAGCAUUAAAAAACGUGACGGUCAGCUUCAAAGAUGCCGAGGAAAAUGCAGUCUGGAUCCGAAUUGCCUGGGGCACGCAGUAUACCAAGCCAAACCAGUACAAACCUACAUACGUGGUGUACUACUCCCAGACCCCCUAUGCCUUCGUCUCUCCCUCCAAGCUGAAGAGCACUCUCCCCCUGCUGGCUCAGGCGCUGACGAUCGCCAGCAAAAAGCACAAGAUUGUGAAAAUGGACCUGCGGAGCAGGUACCUGGACUCUCUGAAGGCAAUUGUUUUCAAGCAGUACAAUCAGAACUUUGAAAUCCACAAUGCUACAACAUCUCUACAAGAAAGGAGCCUUGGGCUAGAUAUAAACAUAGAUUCAAGGAUCAUUCAUGAAAAUGCAGUAGAAAAAUACAAAGUGCAGAGAAUAACUGAAGAAACUUUUGGAGAGUAUCCUCAACCACAGCUAGAAUUUGCACAGUAUAAGCUUGAAACGAAGUUCAGAAGUGACAUAAAUGGAGGCAUCCUGACUGAGAGGGAGGAACCGCUGCGGUGUCUCGUCCGGUUCUCCAGCCCACACCUCUUGGAAGCGCUGAGAUCCUUAGCACCGGCCGGAAUUGCAGAUGCACCGCUUUCCCCUUUGCUCACUUGCAUACCCAACAAGGGAAUGAAUUAUUUUAGAAUUAGAGAUAAGUAAGAUAUGUGAGGUUUUUGUAAGUCCAGCAGUUCUUUGACUACAAGUGUUGCUUUCGUAUCAGUCAAUGCCUAGGUGGAUGGCUUCUUUCUACGAUAGAGUAACUCUUAAAUUGAAAACUUAUCCACGUUUAAAUACUGUUCGGGGCUGAUUCCUUCCUCCUGCAUUGACCGGAUGUGAGUACAUACAGCUCCAGAUGGGAGCCAGCAAGCCCGGCUGCUCGAGGAAGCCCUGUGCCCGGUCCUGCUGGGCGUCAUGUCUGAUGGCCCUUUUCCCAUUCAUGCCUCUCAAUCAGGUUCCAAUGGCCAUCUUCCAGAAACUUUUUUUGUAAGCUUUGGGUCACAGGAAGAAACUACCGGACUCAAAUUUUUAAAGGAUUUGUAAAACUAGCCCACUUGGAAGGAAGAGUUGGGUCCACGAGGUGGGUACUGCAGGAGACUGUAUAAGGGAUAAUUCAGCUACACAAACUCCCUGUUUUGUUGUAAAUAUGCUUUUCAUCAUCUAUUUUAUUGCAUGUAACAUUCAGACUCAUCACUAUUAUACUGUUAUUUGUGAAUAAAGAUACUGAAAACUUA